CAUGGGGGGAUGGAUGCCACAACAACCAUCUGUCAUCGUUACACUCCACGAGAGCAGUUGGAAGUGUUUGUCAAGACAGCUGACAUAAUUGUCACAGCUGCUGGCCUCCCAGGUCUUAUAACUGGUGACAUGAUCAAGCCAGGAUGUGCAAUAUUAGAUGUUGGCAUUAACAGAAUCAAAGACCCUGUUUCUGGAAAAGCCAAACUUGUAGGUGACUGUGAGUUUGAAAGUUGUGCAGAGAAAGCAGCAUAUAUAACUCCUGUUCCAGGAGGUGUUGGACCCAUGACUGUUGCUAUGCUAAUGCGCAAUACCGUUUUGGCAGCAAACAAACAUAUAUCAUACUGAUAACAAGUAAAAGGUUAUGAUAUAGUUGCUGUCUUGCAGAGAUAUUUUUAAAAUCUUCAGUAAGAAAACAUACUAGGAAUGUUUUGAUUGCAAAGGUAUCAUGAACUAAAUGUGAUAAGGUUUUAUGCUUAAUAGGAUAAGCAAGAAUCGAAACAGUAUUAUUAGAGAUGUGAUAAAUGUCUGUUAUAUGACUGGGAAAUGAAUGAGUCAGUCUGUUCAUCAUUAUUGCCCAUUAACAGUGAAGUUUUCAUACACAUACAGUUUAUUACCUUAGUUUUUUCUUUUGUCUUUUUGAACAUCCCAUAUUUGUCAUUAUUGAUAGUUAACUGUUUAGUUGUUUUUUCUUUCUAAUUAAUUAUUUUUAAGUUAUUUAGUUUCUUUAUUCAAAUCUGGUUAUGGAAAGGGCUUAUAAUAGUGAGUGAUGUGAUACUACUUGGUGUGAGAAAAUACUUUCUUUGGUUUAAAGUUAUGUAAUCAGUACAGUUUUGUAAUGAAAGUAUAUUUUUGCUAAUUAAAAAGAUUACUUGUUUAAAUACAGACUAUAAAAUGUGGCAGUCAAGACAGACUGUAUCUGAAGGAAGCUUCCACUUUCAAUUGAUAUGCCAAGUUUUGUACCAAUGAGGACAAGUUAUAAUUAAAACCAUAGUAAAGAAUUUACUACUGUUGUCUGAUUUUGUAUAUUUGAUAUUAUAGCAAUUACACCACACUUUUUUGUACCAGUUAAUGAGAUCUGUUAGUUGGUUAGGAGAAUGUGCAAAAUAGCUAUAAUCACAAUUUUUUUCCUUGCAUUGUCACCAGUUUAUGCUCGCCCCUGACUUCUUUUUUAAUAAAUUAUAAAAGUUGAA